AGGUACCAUAACGAAAUUAGAAACUUACAUAGAUCAGUCGAAGGAUCAGAAUCCAACUGAAUUAGAAGUGAAGUUUAAGCGUGUUGCACAAUUAUAUCGAAAAGUAGAUGAAUUGAAUGAUCAAUAUUACGGUCUAAAAGAUAUAAGUGACCCAGAGAUAACUGAAAUAGAAACUGCUUUAGAAGGAACAGUAUACAGACUAGAAGCUUUGGAGGAAAGAAUUAAAGAUAUUCUUAACUCUUUGAUGAUUAAACCUUCAAUAAAUAAUUGUGAAAAUGAAAUAUCUCAGGCUGAUUCGAAAACAAAACUAGAAAUUAAAUUACCUGAAAUACCACUACCGGUAUUUCACGGUAAAUUUGAUGAAUGGCCCAAUUUUAAAUCUCAAUUUGACAACGUUAUAACUAAAAACAAUGAUUUAAAUGACUCUCAAAAACUGCAUUAUUUGAAAGCGCCAUUGCUGGGCGAUGUUAAACGUCUCGAAACUGCUGACGAUUCUUUUGAGUCACUUUUAAAGGCAUUAGAAAAAAGAUUUGAGAAUAAACGUCUCCUCACUGUGACGUAA